AAAUAUGCCAGCAAAUGUCACCCUGCUCUGUAUCGAAGGGGGUGAAUCGAUUAUUCAUAUCAAAUCUGAGUCUGAAUCUGACUCCUGGGUCCGGGACUUAAAACACUUGAUCCAGUUCUGCCGCCUGUGUGCCACCUUGUGUGCGUGCAGUGUGGGAGGGGUUUGCUGCUGCUGCUGUCACUUGCUCCUUCUAAUUAGCAGCGCGUCCUGGAGAAGAACCUCAGACCCACGACGCGUCCGAGGCGCAGAGGGAUCCCGGGGGCCACUUCACCUGCGCGGUGUCUGUCAGUCCGGAUGCUCUGCGCGCCCCUCCGUCCGCCGCUGCUGAGUCCACGCUCGGCUAAAAGGGCGCUUUAAAAGAAAGAAAAAAAAGAAAAGAAAAACAGAAAUCCCUGUUCACGUUUGUCCCUGCGCGUCCCCGCGUCGCUCCGCGCGCGGAUCCCGGCAGACGCGCCGACCGGGUUGGUCCCCUCUGCGAUCCGAAGGUCCCACAGCUGCCGCGCUGCGCGUCCGACCUCCAAGUCAGCGACAGGACUUCAAAAAGCUGCCGGAAGGAUGAUGUCCUACAUAAAACAACCUCAUUACACCAUGAACGGGUUAAACCUGCCCGGUCCCGGGAUGGACGUGCUCCACACCACAGUCGCUUAUCCCCCCACUCCGCGGAAGCAGCGCCGGGAGCGCACCACCUUCACUCGGACACAGCUGGACAUCCUGGAAGCGCUGUUCUCCAAGACCCGGUACCCGGACAUCUUCAUGCGGGAGGAGGUGGCCCUGAAGAUCAACCUGCCCGAGUCCCGGGUGCAGGUGUGGUUUAAGAACCGCCGUGCCAAAUGCCGCCAGCAACAGCAGCAGAGCAGUGGCCAGUCUAAGCCUCGGCCUCCAAAGAAAAAGGCCUCACCAGCGCAGGAGCCCAGUGCUCCCGACCCAGUCCCCAACCCGUCUGGUUCCUACAGCCCCUCCUCGGCUCAGUCCGCCGGGCCCAGCCUGGCCCCCAGCUCCAGCACAGGAAACACGGCCGUGUCCAUUUGGAGCCCGGCCAUCUCCCCCCUGCCCGACCCGCUGGCCUCCUCCGCCCCGUGCAUGCAGCGACCCUCGCCCUACCCCAUGAGCUACGGCCAGCCCUCAGCCUACACCCAGGGCUACGCCAGCACCACCUCCUACUUCACGGGCCUGGACUGCAGCGCCUACCUGUCCCCCAUGCACUCACAGCUGUCAGGCACUGGGGGCGCGCUCAGCCCCAUCACCGUCCCCUCCAUGGGGGGCUCUCUGAGCCAGUCCCCGGCCUCGCUGUCCUCGCAGGGCUACAGUACCGCCUCCUCCCUGGGCUUCACCUCCGUGGACUGCCUGGACUACAAGGACCAGCAGGCCUGGAAACUGGGCUUCGCUACCAUGGACUGCCUGGAUCACAAGGACCAGAACUCCUGGAAGUUCCAGGUCCUCUAGGAGGGGAGGAGGGGCGUCCAUUCAUGAGUGUGUGUGUGUGUGUGUGUGUGCGCGUGUGUGUGGAAGUGUGUGACUUAGUCCAGCAUCCAGCAUGAGAGGGCAGGUUUCUGCUGUUUCCUGUUUGUUAGGCUGUUUGUAUUUUAUUUUAUUUUUUGUCUGAGUGUGUGUGUUGUAGGAACGGACAGAACUGGAAGGCCUGCUGUCAGAGGCUACUUCAAUGUCACUGUAACACAGACUGCUACAGGAGAUCUCUCCUGCCAACAGCCAUCAACAUCUGCAGUAACUGAAGAAUUUGAAUUAAUAUGAUUUACAACAUUUAAUUUCCCUUUGGGAUCAAUUAAGUAAUUUUGAAGUGAGUCCAACAGUCUGUCCUCCUCAUGCUCAUAUAAAACCUACAGCCUUUGACAGGCUUUCAGGGUUAAAGGUCACUCGCUGUGUGUUUUAAACUCACAUUGUGAUGAAGGAACUGUAGGCUGCACCUCCUUUAAGGAUGUUCUCAACUAUUUAUUAUUACUAUUAUCAUUAUUUUAUGCUACGUUUAGCUCUGUCGUGUGCUUUUAUUUAUUUUUGCGGCAUUUAUGUUUAUCUGUGUUAGUGUGUAGCGUUUCAAUCUGUGCAUAGGAUUAAAAAAAUGUUCUGUUUUAGCCGUGUUGAUGUAUUAAAGUGGUUUAUUCUUUAC